AAAAAUAUUACCACGUCUGUAAUAUUCAUCCUCAAUGACAAGUAGGAAAAAGUAUAAAUUUCGACAGCCAUUUCAAAAACAAAAGCUUCACCAGACAUAAUAACAAAUUCUCUACAAUUUCCCUUUAAAGAUCACUUAUUAACGGAGGAAUGGAUGACAAUUGCACGAUAACUGGUAUAGAAAAAUUCCCACAUUUAUUUACUGAUACAACGGAAAACUAUGAACUCGUCAUUGCCAGCUUUGCCAUCAGUUUGUACGCCUUUUUGGCGCUCGCCAUGGUAUGCGAAGAGUACUUGGCAUUCGCCAUGAUUGAGAUCUGUUAUCGACUCGAUAUGACGAUUGUUAUGGCCGAUGCCACGCUAUUGGCGUUCGGCACGUCAUUACCCGAACUGUGUAUUUGCAUAAUAUGCAUUAAUGUGGCCAAAACGAAUGCGGGCUAUUGCAUGGUGCUCGGUUCGGUGGCUUUCGAUAGUUUCGCUGUGGUGGGCUUGUGUGGUUUAGUCGCACGAGAGCGCCUGACGCUGGAUUGGUGGACUACUAGUAGAGAUUGUGGCGGUUUCUGCUUCGCUGUUAUUGGCUUCGUGGUUUUGACACUGGUUGGCACAAGCUGGUAUAUCAAAUCAAUGCUCUUGAUAACUUUCUAUGUUAUCUAUAUAAUUUAUCUAAGCUGUGAUAAGUUCAUACAAGAUCAGUUACGUGAUUUGAAUGAUGAAACACCGCGUAGAGGUUCUAAAUGUUUUCGUACGUAUCCUGCCAUCGUGCCCGUUAUGCGUGAAAAAUUUGCUAAAUAUGGUGAUGACGAGACUUUGGAAAUCACAUUACAUCCCUGUCGUUGGCCUAAGUCUGGUUUGGCGGUGAAAGUGCUUUGGAUUAUCUCUUGGCCUUUGCAAGUCUUAUUCAUUUUGACAAUACCGGAUUGCAGGCGUAAAAGUGCAAGAUCUUGCUUCGUGCUGACAGUGUUGAUGUGCAUCAUAUGGGUCAUGUUAUUAUCCUACAUAGUUACUUGGGCCGUUACAAUAUUUAGUUAUCAACUCCGCAUACCCGUAUCAGUAGUUGGUCUCACAUUGUUAGCAAUCGGCGCUGCGGCACCCGACAUACUCAGUUUUAUACUGAUGGUACAUCAAGCUAAUAGCGCCAGAGGUAUAUAUUAUGCGUGGACAAUCAAUAAUAUAAAGAUGUUUCUCUAUCUCGGCGUUGCUUAUACGUUUGAGGUUAUGUUGGAUCUGUUGUGGCCGACGAAGUUUCAUAUAAUCCCGCUAUCGAUGAAACUGAUCUUCAUGACCGCCUUGCUAUGUUUUUGUUUCUUUAUUAUGUAUAUUUUUUUGUUGGGAACACGGUUUGUUAUAAACCGUUGGAUUGGUUGUAUUUUCAUAUUGAUUUAUUUCGUCUAUAUUAUUAUUUGUACUUUUAUACAAAUUGAAUGGGGUAAGAUAGUGAAUAAACCUUUUUGUGUACAUGUGGAAAUGUGAUAAAGACAAUUGAGAUCGCUUA